GCCCCAGUUGUGAUCCCACUCGCCCUCUGGAAUGUGCGACCAAGUGACCCAGUUGUUGGGUGUUACCUUGGCCAUCUCCGUUUCCGCUUCGUUGUGCACUUCUGGUGGCAUGAGGUUAUAAAAGCCUCAUGAACAACGCCGCAUCUCGGCUUUCUCAGCUUGCAACGCCACCAUAUCAAGUCAGCAUGUGGAAGUAUCUCGGAUUCUUUGCCCUUUUGGCCGGAGCGAGUUCUCUGGGUCAGCAGGCUGGUUUGGAAGCCUCGACCUGUGGAGGGAGUACAGGGUGCUUGAGGAGCCUGCCCUCGAGAUCAUCAGCUGUCGAGCAAUCAGAUGCGAAUCUGAAUCGUAGGAGGAGACAACAGCAAAUCGUACAGGAGGUAAUCGUGGAGAACAACUUUGGUGGUCCUGGGUUCGGAGGACCUGGUUUUGGAGGUCCUGGCUUCGGAGGCCCUGGCUUUGGACGUCCCGGCUUUGGAGGUCCCGGUUUCGGAGGUCCCGGCUUCGGAGGUCCUGGUUUUGGACGUGGCAAAUUUGGCUUCGCUCGCAGCUACGACCAGGAUGAGGCCCAGGUACCGGCCCAGGGAACAUACCAACAACAAAACACACUCAGUGAAGUUCCUUCACCAGCUUGUCCAAAGAACUAUGUGUUCUCCUGCGAAGCGGUUAUCAAGCCGGUUCCAUGUGGGCACAGCUCAUAUUGAUCAACUAGCUGUCCGUAAUAAACUGAAACUUUAAACAAGA